AUGUCCGCUAGGCUGAUGCGGCCAGCCUUUGCCGCUGUCCGCCGAACCGCCCCUAGAACAGCUAUCCGAACAUACGCUGCUCCUGCCGCCGCAGACACGAAACCCCCUGUCGCGCUUUUCGGUCUUGAUGGAACAUAUGCGAAUGCCCUGUACACGGCCGCCGCCAAGCAGGGCUCUUUAGACCCCACCGCCAAAGCGAUCUCCAGCCUUCUCCAGAUCCUCAAGACCGAUACGAAACUGCCCUCGAUCCUCCUUGCCCCCAUGCUGUCAGACGCGGACAAAUCGCAGAUUAUCGCCGAGCUGGAAAAGCACACUGGAGGCGCCGACAAGAGCGGGACGGUCAAGAACUUCUUGCAGGCAUUGGGAGAAAACAACCGACUAGGCCUGCUCGAAGGAGUUUGCGAGAAGUUCGGUACCUUGAUCAGUGCCGCCAAGGGAGAAUUGGAGUUGGUUGUCACGAGUGCUGCGAAACUCGACGAGAAACUCCUCCGCCGCCUCGAGACCGCCAUCAGCAAAUCCGAGUACAGCCAGGGCAAGAAACUUAAAAUCGUCACCAAAGUCAACCCGGAUAUCAUGGGAGGUUUGAUUGUAGAGAUCGGCGAGCGAACCAUUGACCUCAGCGUGUCGAGCAAGAUCUCUCGGAUGAACAAGAUGCUCACCGAGACCGUGUAA